UCAUAACAUAGCACCCUCAGCUUACAACAGAAUCAUAGAGUCAGCACAGCAGACACACUGAUCGGGCUUGUUACCCCUGGGUGACUGCUGGGCAGCGAUCAUGAAGGUCCCUCUCCUGCUGGCGGCAGCGCUGUGGAUCUCCGGCCUCGCCGAGCGCCAGUACUUCCUGCAGAGCAACGGCUCGGAGUGGGAGGUGGCGCUCGAGCACUGCAGGUUGUGCUUCCAGGACCUGGUGACCGUCACGACCGACAACAUCCCAAUCCUGGCCAGGAACCUCACCAACAACACCUGGAUCGGGCUCCGCAAUGACCUCGACGGGCCCAUGGAGUGGACCAACUGGUCCAAUGGGGACCCGCUCACCUUCCAAAACUGGUACCCGGGCCGACCCUCAAUGAACGAUACCAGGGAGGUCUGCAUUCACUUCCUGCCCUCCGGGCUUUGGUACGAUGAGACCUGUGACCAGCUGUACCCCUACAUCUGCUAUGCAGACCGGUUUUAUGGGAAUUUGUCGGUGUUCAACAUCUCAGAGCACAACGCUUACCUGAGCUGGACUCCUGGGCCGGGCAUGAUCAACCAGUACAGGGUGGAAGUCACGGGCAACACCAGCCAGGUCCACAACACCACCAACCUGACCCUGCGGGUCGACUCCCUGACCCCGGGGAGCCUGUACAAGUUCCAGGUCUUCCCGGUGAAGUGCGAGCGGGUCCUCAAUCCAGAGAACGCGUCCAUCUACACAAAGCCCGAAUGUGUCACAAAUCUCGCGGUGAGCUCGCAAACGCAGAACCUCAUCGCCCUGACGUGGAGCGCCCCCAUCGGCAACAGAGACAAGUACCGAGUGGAGGUGGACAGCGAAGGUGUGACCAAUUUCACGGCUCUCCUUACUGUCGAAGAGCAGGUCACCGUGCGUAACCUCACCCCUGGGGGGUUCUACACCUUCCAGGUCAUCGCGCUGGUGGCGGACUGCUCCAUUGAGGGGGACCCAGUCAACAUAUCAGCCUUCACCAGGCCCGGAGCGGUCAGGAACGCCGAAGUCUCGGAAAGCCGAGCGGAAUCGGUGAAUAUCAGCUGGUCGAGGCCUGUUGGGAACAGCUCGUGGUUCAGGGUGGAGGUGCAGGAGGUGCAGGUGCCCUCUCCCGGCCCCUGCUACAAGAAUUCCACCAUCGUCAGCGAUCUGAGUGUGGUCAUGAGUGGGCUCACGCCGGGGAGCAAGUACAAUUUCACCAUCGUGGCGUUCAUCCCCAACACCACGCUGGAGGGAGAUCCUGUGUGGGUUGUGGGCUACACAGUUCCUGACCCGGUCACCAAUGUUAAUACGCUCACCACUAGUGACUCAAUAACUGUGCUGUGGGGCAAACCGGCAAAUGGAAGCUACUUCUCCUACGAAGUCACUCUGGACGGCUGCAUGGAGUGUGGUGUGAAUACCUCAUGGUUGAACACCACAUUCCAGAACCUGAAAUCAGGAAAGAACUACACUAUCACCAUCUUCACUCAUGUGGAAGACUACUCCCUUCCAAGCAAUGAUGUGAAAAUAUGGGCGAUCACCAGACCUGUAAAGCCAGGAAACAUCACAUUUCAGGCCAUCAACCUCCACAACGUGUCUCUGACAUGGGAGGUGCCCGAAAAACUGCAGGGGGUCCCUGUCCAGUACUGCGUGAACUACAGCACCUCUUUCUGGGGCUAUGGUGGUGUAAAGGUGGUGUCCAACAACAGCGCCACAGUGGAGAGUCUCACGUCAGGCACCAAGUACAUCUUCUCGGUCCAAACCUUGGUCAGCGACCUGCCACUGAGUGAAGCCACCGUGGGCUCAGUCUACACAGUGCCCAAAAUUAAAAAGAUGGGAUUGAUCAUGCAGUGUACCUCAAAUAAAAUCUUGGAGUGUGAAAAAGUCCAAAAAGCAGCAAUUGAAAAGGCCAGGGAGAUGAUACAGAGGAGGUUUGGAGACGGUGUGUUUUGGAAGUUGAAUUGGCAGAAGAACCCGAAUCUGUGACAGAGCGCGGAGAGCUUCUCCAGGAUCCCAGGACAUUUUACCAUGAAUUAUCACAGCUAUCUGGAACGGGAUUUUCACAGAUCCCUGUCUGAGGAAGAGGACACAGUUGACACAUCCAAAUCUUUGGAGCUUGUCUGCAGAAACUGCUUGUCCAGAAGAGCAACAGUUAUCUACAAAUAUGCUUGCACAGCACGGUAAUUACUUUGUUCAGAUCGAUGAAGCACUGAAAUGUUUCUUUUUUUUAUUCUGGGAGGGGUGAGGUACUGCUGUGUGUUGGGGGGUGGGGGGCUACGUGGUUUAUUUCUGUCAACUCAAAGUGCUUAAUACUUUCCUCUUUGGAGCGAAACUGAUCCUGAAGGUGGAAUAUAACCUCUGAGCAUUUCAAGGAGAGGAGGGGAAUAAAAUGUAUUGAAUUAAUGUAUUUAUCUCCACCAAAAUUCCAUGGUGUUCAGUCUGCCUCUGAGAUGUUUCUUUCUUGAAUGUUUUGACGAUCUUCUGUGGGGAAUUAAAUUUUACUAGU